AUGGAUCCCUCCUUGCUGAAAACAUAUUUUCAAUAUGAGAAUGAUCUUGUGUCUAAUUGCAACAACAGCCUUCCAGACGGGUUUCUAUCUUUCUUGAAGAGCUUAAUGUACCAGUCAGAGGUACAAAACAUAUACAGUAAACCUAUAAUGUGGAUUGGGAUUUAUAUUGCUAUAGCUUCUCUUUUCUGCAUCCUACCAAUGCUAGCUGAUCUGUUACAUGGUUUCAAAACCCAAAAACUAUGGUUUCCUUGUAAAUACUUUACUCUGAAUGCUGCUUCCCUCACUAUCAUAGCUGUUGCGAUGAAGCUACCCAUGGAUCUAAAUAAUUCAAUGCCAUAUGAUGUCGAUCAGGCGGCAAAGCUCGGAAGCAUGGCAUUUAUGUGCACCAUGAUGGCUAAUUUAUUGCCUUCUCUAGCAAACAUGGACAAUAAGGAACUCGUCACAAACAUCAUAGCUUUGGGUGUUCUAGUAAUCACCUUGGUUGUGAAUGUAUGCAUUCAAAUGGAAACUGGUGUGGUUUGCAAUCUUGGCGGUGAUAGUUACGAUAUUCUAACUUACAACAGUUGGUUAAUAGCCAUUGUUUAUGUAGUUAUGUUACUCGUGCUGUUGAUGAUACAUACAUGUUCAGCUUUAAUGAUUGUAAAGUCAAAACAAAUAUUAGAAACCAAAUACAAAGCAGCUCAUGAAACAGCUUUGAAGGAUCUAGAGUUGCAACAACCUAGAGGAUUAACGGUUGAGAAGCUACAGCAGCAUGUUAGCAACCAUUGGAUCAUGGCAGAGACUGGCAGCCCCCAAUUUAUGGCAGUUUGUUCUGCUACAACCACUGCUUCUGGGGUAAUAUGUGUUUUAAGCACUGUCUUACAUAUUAUAAUAAUGUCUUUCAUAAGACCACGAAUGAAGAAUUAUGGGUCAGACUAUAAGGGGUCAGUUAUAGCAAUUUUCAUAACACAAUUUACCGGAUCAAUAUUGGGUACAGUUGCACCUCUUUCUAGAUGUUUUGCAUCAUUAAGCUUUAAAGUGUCUAUAAAAUGGAUUUGGAACCAUAUCAGGGUCUUCAGAGUAGAAAGCUACUGUACUCAGAAGUUAUCUGAUUGGAAACAGAGUCGGGUACCAUUCAAAUUCAGUAGCCACAGAUGCAAGAUUGUCAUCCAGGAUCUAAAGGUCCUGAUUUUGAGCUUUUGUAUAGAAGUCCAGAAAAUGGUUUUGGUAGCAUGUAAGCCGAUGGCUUUGAUCCCGAUAUUUAUUGUAAUUGGUAUAUUGUCUUGUUUACAAUGCUGGAAGUGGUUAAAGAUCAUGUUAUGUGCCUCAUAUAAUGCGUCGGUAAAAACUCCAGCUCAACUACAACACAACAAAGAUCUCAGCCAGUAUGUUAUGCAACUUCCGGAUGAUAUGGAGCUUGCUCAGAGAACAUUGAUAAGCAUUUCAAAAUCUGUGACCCGUUUGAUCCAAAAGGCUGAAAAGCAACAACCUAACAAUCUUAGGAAGCUUCUAGAAGAAUGGAGCGGUUUUGACGGAAUUGGGAAGUACGACUUGCAUCAGGUUCCACCUUUAUCAGAAGAAAAGUAUGUGGAUUGCUGGAGCUUACCUGUAGUGACCCUGACAACCAUUGCCAUAACUCUUCCAAACAUCCAAAACAACAUGGUUGAUAGGUUGCUAAGGAGUGUGAGCGAAGGUCUUACAUACGUCAAACAUGUGGAAGAAACCCUCGAUGCUAGUUCCGAGUAUGUAACCAUUCAAGAGGCUGCUAGAACAUUGUGGCUAGAAGUUGAAGUUUACCACAAAUGGCUAGGAAACAAGUUCUCGAACCCCGCUCAUCAAGUUAACACAACAAAAGAGAUAGUACAGUGGUUCUGUUGGAAAUCUGAAUUAGGGUUUGAAGAACGAAAGAGUUUUGUUCAUAUAAUUAUGAAUUGA